AUGGAUACACAUAAUCUUGCACUAAUAUUUGAACUUUCAAAAUCUUUGAUAGAAUCGGAUGAUUCUUUAGAAGAAGAUGAAGCAGACAUAUUAUCUUUAUUAGUAAUUAAAGAAACCUACUAUCGAAUACCACGUAUGCGUUGCCAAAAAUACGUUGAAAAUGUUGUGUCAUUGUAUACAGAUGAAGAAUUUCAGAUGCACUUUCGAAUAAAACGAAAUACUUUCCAGUUUUUACUAGAAUUAUUAAGGCCAAAUCUGUGUAAACAAAGCAAUAGAUUUGGAAGGAAACCAAUAACACCUGAAAAACAAUUACUCGUUGCUAUUUGGAUGAUGGCUACACCAAAUUCGUAUAGAUGUGUUUCAGACAGAUUUGAUGUAGGUAAAGCUACUGCAUGGCGAAGUGUGCAUAGAGUUGUUAAUGCCUUGUAUGCAAAAGUAAGAAUGUUCAUUCGUUGGCCAACUAUGCAAGAAGCAGAACAAACUAUGCAAAAGAUCGAGCAAUUGUAUGGUUUCCCAGGUGUUAUUGGUGCAAUAGAUGGGACUCACAUAAAAAUUAAUGCACCAAAAGAUAAUAGUGAUUCAUAUGUAAAUAGAAAAGGCUAUCAUUCUAUUCAAUUACAAGUUAUUUGUGAUGCACAAUUACGAUUUGUUCAUUGUUACACAGGACAAGUUGGUUCAGUUCACGACAUGCGCGUUUUUAGAUUAUCUAACGUCGAGAGCUUGUUUACAGAUGCAAAUUUUCCAGAUAAUAGCCAUAUACUUGGGGAUGCAGCAUAUUGUAUAAGAAAACAUGUUAUGGUACCAUUCAAAGAUAAUGGUCAUUUAUCCGAAAGACAACUAAAUUUUAACAAACGUCUUUCUACUGCCAGAACAAUCGUUGAACGAUCAUUAGGUUUAUUAAAAGGUCGUUUUAGAAGUAUUUUGGACACACUUCCUAUGCAGAGAACAGACUUAAUUCCCAAGUAUAUUGUUGCGUGCUGUAUUUUGCACAAUAUCUGUUUAUUGCAUAAUGAUAUGAUAGAUAUUCCUGUUAUUGUUAAUGAUAAUAUUAAUAUAGCACAAGAAGCAGAAAUAUUAGAAAACAAUGCUGCAAAAAGAGAGGGUUCAACAAAAAUAAAAUCUGUAAUCAGCAAUCUAUAUAUCACAUAA